UAUUGAUAGGUAUUAGAGAAUGGAGUGUUCGUUUUGUUUUUACGUUUUUUGUAUAUUUUCUUUAAAAAAACUUUUAUUUAAAUCCCAAGUUUUGUGUUUUUGAACAAUGAUUCUUUGGAUACCGCUAUCGGUGAACAAUCAGUAUGGGUGAAGACCACAGCGGUUCCGAUUGUGCUUGGAAGAAAAUGGUUUUAUCGAAGUCUGAAAAUAAAUGGGUUUCUAAGUUAAAAUCUGAUCAAUUAAGUAUUGUAAAGACGAUGAGCACGAAUAAUUUUUCAUUAGGUGACGAUACAAAUAAUUUAACUCAUAUUAAAAAGGAAGUAGAUGAUGAAAAUGAAAUACAAAACUAUGACACCGAUGAUAGUGCAGAUGUGACGGACCCAUUGGAAAUGUUAGAAGUCCACCACUCACAAGCAGGUCACGUCAGUAGACGAUUAUCUGGUCCUAAAAACGAAACAGCUGAAGAACGAGCCGCUCGUUUGGCUAAGAUGUCAGCAUACGCAGCACGACGAUUAGCUAAUGAAACGCCUGAGCAACGUGCGGCUCGACUUAAACGUAUGUCAGAUUAUGCGGCUAAACGACUUGCUACUGAGUCAAGUGAGCAAAGAGCAAGAAGGCUUGCAAGGAUGUCAGCUUAUGCUGCUAAAAGACUUGCCAAUGAAACUACAGAACAGAGAGAAGCAAGACUAGCCAGAAUGUCUGCAUAUGCUGCUCGUAGGCAGGCUAUGAAAAAAGCUAGCUCCGUAAACACAAAUAUUCAUAUAGAGAGAUACACAGAUUCUAACCAGAGUUAAUUAUACAAUCCUAUUUUAAUCUUGUGUUCAUGGCUUUUUAUCCUAUUUUUUACAUUGUACACCAUAGUAUAUAUAUUUUUUAAGAAUAUAAUAAUGACCUAAGGUUAAAAUAUAUAUCUGAUGCAUUUAUAGGAUACAGCUCACAAAUUUUGUCUCCGAUUUGGCCAUCUUUUACUGUUUUACUAAUAUUAAUAACAGGUUUAGCUGGGCUUUCCAUAGAAAUAUAUGAUAUAAAACAGAAAUGUAAAUAAUAUAUAUAAACAAUUAAAUUUAAUGCC